UUAGUGUUGCACGUAGCACAACCUACCAUUGCGCACCAUGAUUUCAUAUUUGUAUGUGUAACUACUAGACGUAGAUGAAAAAACCGAGAUGAUCGGUAACUUCGUAAAACAGUUUUGUCGUGUUGUUUUACCAAAUCCACACACAUCUCUUUUAACAGAUGUACUUGUCCGGCAAAUGCCUUCACUGGGAAAGCAUUUAAUCGGACAGUCGCGGAGCAGCAGCUCAUCUCUCAGCCACCGGAAACUGGUUAGAAACGGCGAGGAGAAGAAAUCAGUGAUUUGGUUAGAGGGAAAUAUUGCAAGUGGAAAAACAACAUGUCUGGAAUACUUCAGCAAAACCAGUGACAUUGAGGUGCUAACAGAGCCUGUGUCUAAAUGGAGAAAUGUACAAGGAUGCAAUCCAUUGGGAUUGAUGUACCAGGACCCGUCUAGAUGGGGACUCACCCUUCAGACGUAUGUCCAGCUGACAAUGCUGGAUCGGCACGUCUUACCCAUGGCAUCACCAAUCAGAAUGUUGGAAAGAUCUAUUUACAGCGCAAAGUACAUUUUUGUGGAAAAUCUUUAUAGAAGUGGAAAGAUGCCUGAGGUGGACUUUGCUGUUUUAAGUGAAUGGUUUGAGUGGAUCAUAAAGAAUAUUGCUAUUCCUGUGGACCUUAUUGUUUACUUGCAGACCUCUCCACAGACAUGCUACGAGAGACUAAAGCAGAGGUGCAGAGAGGAAGAGAAGGUUAUUCCCCUGGAAUACCUGGAAUCAAUCCAUAACCUCUAUGAGGACUGGCUCAUUCAUCACAAGUCAUUUGAGGUUCCUGCUCCAGUUCUGGUAAUCCCAGCAGAUCAUGACCUUAAGAAGAUGCUGCAUCAGUAUGAGGAGAACAGAGAGAAGAUACUUAUGGCACAUUGCUAAGUAACGGAUCGUAAGACAAUGACGGUCAUAUCAAUCCAUAAAUAUGUCUUCAGCUCUCAUAGAGA